AUGAUACAUGUUUGGGGAGGCAAGCUGCAAGCAAAAUCCAGCGAGAGCCGGUACGAAUCGCCCAAUCGAGAGAGCUCCCCUGGGCCGUCAUCAUUCUCUCUCGAAUACAACGUCAAACUGUUGCGCACUGAUGCUCUAGACGUUCCGUCGAUUACAAGUGGUGCUAGCCAGGCUGAUGCCGACCAAAAGGUCAUGUCUCCUGCCCAUGUAGCUAGCCGUGACAAGUACCGCGGCAGCAGGGCAGAGGAACACAUGUUGACUCAACUGUAUCGUACUAUGGACAAAACGACAACAUGUCCAUUAGAAAUAAAGAGCCCCUCAUGGGUUCCCGCCCUAAGGAGUAUGGGAUGGGUUUUUCGCUUCCAUGUUCGCUUGCGUCUGGCUGUGGCGCCGCAUCUCGCCUUCGGCUGUUUGGACAAUCGAGAUGCCGCCCGGCGCAACGUAAUCGGGCUUGGCUGGGAUACUACAUUGAAGACACGCUGCACACACUCGGGGUUUUGCCUGGCCAGUGUCAUGGGAUGGAACUGUCAUAUCAAAUGCUUCAAGGUUCACGCUUUAGCACCGUCAUCAUCGUCGUCCCAGGUAAUAACACUUGUGCGGAAAAACCAAUUGUUGCAAAAUUGCCCUAUCUAUGGAGCUCCUCUCCUUGCUGAGCUCGACUUUGAGCUCUCCAAGAAACCGGCACCCGCUGCAUGUGCAUCACGGCGUCUUAGCUCGCCGUCUUUUGACCCGAUACGAAAGCCGGCGGCCUAUCAAACACGGCCUUGGCCAGCACCGGUGACCUUGGCUGUCAGAUCAGAAAUGCACGCUCACUGCGGCUGCGGAUGA